AGAAUGACAUAAUAGAAAUGGAAAAUCUAAUUUCUGGUGAAGAUAUAGCAAAAAAGCCACACAAGAGGGGUAUUAUCUAUCUGUCUUCUAUACCACCAUAUAUGAAUGUUAUCCAGAUCCGAGAAAUAUUUGGACAGUUCGGAAAAUUGGGGCGUGUUUAUCUUCAAUUGGAAGAUAAAAAACCAAAACCUGGAGAGAAAAAAGUAAAAAAAAGAAUAUCAAAAAAGUUUACUGAAGGUUGGAUAGAGUUUGAACGGAAAUCAGUGGCAAAAAAAGUUGCAGCAAUGUUAAAUAAUCAACAAAUUAGUAAUAGAAAAAGUUCAAGAUAUUAUGACUUUAUAUGGAACAUAAAAUACCUUUCUAAUUUUAAAUGGGUUCAUCUCAGUGAAAGACUAGCUUAUGAAAAAGCAGCACGUAGACAGAAAUUGAGAGCAGAGAUACAACUUGCCAAAAAGAAAAGUAAUUUCUUUACUUCUAAUAUUGACAAGAAAAAUAAGAGUGCAGUUAGUAAACAAUCAAUAAUUGAAAUUGGGAAGAGUAAUAGUGAUGUAAGUUUAGAAGAAAUCAUAUCCAACAGCAACAAUGAUCGUGGGGAAUUUGUAAAAACUUUGUUCACUUAAUAAACAUCAAUACAAAUAUU